GAAGAGCCCCUAUCCCAUUAGACUCCUGUAUUUGCCCCCGAGACUAAGAGCAGGGGUGUUUUCUGAUCCAGGGUCUCUCUCCCCGAGGAACCCCCCACCGCCCCUCCACAGAAUGUCAUCGCCAGCGGCCGGACCAACCAGUCCAUCAUGAUCCAGUGGCAGCCGCCUCCCGAGAGCCACCAGAAUGGACUCCUCAAGGGCUACAUCAUCAGAUACUGCCUGGCCGGGCUGCCCGUUGGGUACCAGUUUAAGAAUAUCACAGACGCCGAUGUCAACAACCUGCUGCUGGAGGACCUCAUCAUCUGGACCAACUACGAGAUCGAGGUGGCCGCCUACAACAGCGCGGGCCUGGGCGUCUACAGCAGCAAGGUCACGGAGUGGACACUGCAGGGAGUGCCCACCGUCCCUCCGGGCAACGUGCAUGCUGAAGCCACCAAUUCCACCACCAUCCGCUUCACCUGGAACGCCCCCAGCCCCCAGUUCAUCAACGGCAUCAACCAGGGAUACAAGCUGAUUGCCUGGGAACCGGAGCAGGAAGAGGAGGUUACCAUGGUGACCGCCAGGCCUAACUUUCAAGACAGCAUCCACGUGGGCUUCGUGUCUGGCCUGAAGAAGUUCACGGAGUACUUCACCUCGGUGCUGUGCUUCACCACCCCCGGGGACGGGCCCCGCAGCGCCCCGCAGCUGGUGCGCACCCACGAGGAUGUGCCUGGGCCGGUGGGACACCUGAGCUUCAGUGAAAUCCUGGACACCUCGCUGAAGGUCAGCUGGCAGGAGCCGGGAGAGAAGAACGGCAUCCUCACAGGCUACCGCAUCUCCUGGGAGGAGUACAACCGAACCAACACCCGCGUGACGCACUACCUGCCCAACGUGACCCUGGAGUACCGCGUCACAGGCCUCACCGCGCUCACCACCUACACCAUCGAGGUGGCCGCCAUGACCUCCAAGGGCCAGGGCCAGGUGUCUGCCUCGACCAUCUCGUCGGGGGUGCCCCCGGAACUCCCGGGGCCCCCCACCAACCUGGGCAUCUCUAACAUCGGUCCCCGCUCCGUGACCUUGCAGUUCAGGCCCGGCUACGACGGGAAAACCUCCAUCUCCCGCUGGCUGGUGGAGGCCCAGGUGGGCGUGGUCGGGGAGGGAGAAGAGUGGCUGCUGGUUCACCAGCUCGCCAACGAGCCCGACGCCCGCUCCAUGGAGGUGCCCGACCUCAACCCCUUCACCUACUACAGCUUCCGCAUGCGCCAGGUGAACAUCGUAGGCACCAGCCCGCCCAGCCAGCCUUCCAGAAAGAUCCAGACCCUGCAGGCGCCUCCCGACAUGGCGCCCGCCAACGUGUCUCUGCGCACGGCCAGUGAGACCAGCCUGUGGCUGCGCUGGAUGCCCCUCCCGGAGAUGGAGUACAACGGGAACCCCGAGUCGGUGGGCUACAAGAUCAAGUACAGCCGGUCAGACGGCCACGGCAGGACGCUGAGCCACGUGGUCCAGGACCGCGUGGAGCGGGAGUACACCAUCGAGGACCUGGAGGAGUGGACCGAGUACCGCGUCCAGGUCCAGGCCUUCAACGCCAUCGGCAGCGGGCCCUGGAGCCAGACGGUGGUGGGCAGGACCCGGGAGUCAGUCCCCUCCUCUGGCCCCACCAACGUGUCUGCACUGGCCACCACCUCCAGCAGCAUGCUGGUGCGCUGGAGCGAGGUCCCCGAGGCCGACCGCAACGGGCUCGUGCUGGGCUACAAGGUGAUGUACAAGGAGAAGGACUCGGACGCCCGGCCCCGGUUCUGGCUGGUGGAAGGCAACUCGUCCCGCAGUGCGCAGCUCACGGGCCUGGGCAAGUACGUGCUCUACGAGGUGCAGGUGCUGGCCUUCACGCGCGUGGGGGACGGCAGCCCCAGCCACCCUCCCAUCCUGGAGCGGACGCUGGACGACGUCCCGGGACCGCCCGUGGGCAUCCUGUUCCCGGAGGUGAGGACCACGUCCGUGCGGCUGAUCUGGCAGCCCCCCGCGGCCCCCAACGGCAUCAUCCUUGCUUACCAGAUCACUCACCGGCUCAACACCACCACGGCCAACACCGCCACCGUGGAAGUGCUGGCACCCAGCGCCCGCCAGUACACAGCCACCGGGCUCAGGCCAGAGUCUGUCUACCUGUUCCGCAUCACGGCCCAGACCCGGAAGGGCUGGGGCGAGGCUGCCGAGGCCUUGGUGGUGACCACGGAGAAGAGAGACCGCCCGCAGCCCCCCAGCAAGCCGGUGGUGCAGCAGGAGGACGUGAGAGCCCGCAGCGUGCUGCUGUCCUGGGAGCCGGGCAGCGACGGGCUGUCCCCGGUGCGCUACUACACCGUCCAGACCCGCGAGCUGCCCGGCGGCCGGUGGGCCCUGCACUCCGCCUCUGUGAGCCACAACACCUCCACCUUCAUUGUGGAGAGGCUCAAGCCCUUCACGUCCUACAAGUUCCGAGUGAAGGCAACGAACGACAUUGGGGACAGCGAGUUCAGCGAGGAGUCGGAGUCGCUGACCACCCUGCAGGCCGCCCCGGACGAAGCCCCCACCAUCCUCUCGGUGACCCCCCACACCACCACUUCCGUGCUCAUCCGAUGGCAGCCGCCAGCUGAAGACAAGAUCAACGGCAUCCUCCUGGGCUUCCGGAUCCGGUACCGGGAGCUGCUCUACGAAGGACUCAGGGGCUUCACACUCCGAGGCAUCAACAACCCCGGGGCCACUUGGGCUGAGCUUACCUCCACGUACUCCGUGCGGAACCUGAGCCGGCCCGGCCUCACGCAGUACGAGCUGGACAACCUGAACAAGCACAGGCGGUACGAGAUCCGGAUGAGCGUGUACAACGCCGUGGGCGAGGGCCCCUCCAGCCCCCCGCAAGAGGUCUUCGUCGGGGAGGCAGUGCCCACGGCAGCGCCCCGCAACGUGGCCGUCCACGGCACCACAGCCACGCAGCUGGAUGUGACGUGGGAGCCACCCCCACUGGACAGCCAGAAUGGAGACAUCCAGGGGUACAAGAUCUAUUUCUGGGAAGCCCAGCGGCGGAACCUCACGGAGCGGGUGAAGACGCUUUUCCUGGCGGAGAACAGCGUGAAGCUCAAGAACCUGACGGGCUACACCGCCUACAUGGUCAGCGUGGCGGCCUUCAACGCCGCCGGGGACGGGCCUCGGAGCGUCCCCACCCGGGGCCAGACCCAGCAAGCAGCCCCCAGCGCCCCCGGCUCGGUCAAGUUCAGCGAGCUGACCACAACCUCCGUGAACGUGUCCUGGGAAGCCCCACAGUUCCCCAACGGCGUGCUGGAGGGCUACCGGCUGGUGUACGAGCCCUGCACGCCCGUGGACGGAGUCAGCAAGAUCGUGACGGUGGAUGUGAAGGGGAGCAACCCUCUGUGGCUGAAGGUGAAGGACCUGGCGGAGGGGAUGACCUACAGGUUCCGCAUCAGGGCCAAGACCUUCACCUACGGGCCGGAGAUCGAAGCCAACGUCACCACGGGCCCAGGGGAAGGUGCCCCGGGGCCGCCUGGCGUGCCCGUCAUCGUGCGGUACAGCUCGGCCAUCGCCAUCCACUGGUCCAGCGGAGACCCCGGCAAGGGGCCCAUCACCCGCUACGUCAUAGAGGCCAGGCCUUCAGACGAGGGGCUGUGGGACGUCCUCAUCAAAGACAUCCCCAAGGAGGUGAGCUCCUACACGUUCAGCAUGGACAUCCUGAAGCCGGGCGUCAGCUACGACUUCCGGGUCAUCGCGGUCAACGACUACGGCUUCGGCACGCCCAGCAGCCCCUCCCAGUCUGUGCCAGCCCAGAAAGCCAACCCCUUCUACGAGGAGUGGUGGUUCUUGGUGGUCAUCGCCCUGGUCGGCCUCAUCUUCAUCCUGCUCCUGGUCUUUGUGCUCGUCAUCCGCGGCCAGAGCAAGAAGUACGCCAAGAAGACAGACGCAGGGAACAGUUCCAAGUCUGGAGCCCUAGGCCACGGGGAGAUGAUGAGCUUGGACGAAAGCAGUUUCCCUGCCCUGGAACUCAACAACCGGCGGCUGUCCGUCAAGAACUCCUUCUGCAGGAAGAACGGCCUGUACACCAGGUCUCCGCCCCGGCCCAGCCCGGGCAGCCUCCACUACUCCGAUGAGGAUGUCACCAAGUACAAUGACCUCAUCCCCGCAGAGAGCAGCAGCCUGACCGAGAAGCCCUCAGAAAUCUCCGACUCUCAGGGAAGCGACAGUGAGUACGAGGUCGACUCGAGCCACCAGAAGGCCCACUCUUUCGUCAACCACUACAUCAGCGACCCCACGUACUACAACUCGUGGCGGCGGCAGCAGAAGGGCAUCUCGCGGGCCCAGGCGUACAGCUACACGGAGAGCGACUCGGGCGAGCCGGACCACGCCACCAUCGCCAACAGCAACAGCACCCAGCAGGGCAGCCUCUUCCGGCCCAAGGCCAGCCGGACUCCAACGCCCCAAAACCCCCCGAACCCCCCGAGUCAGCAGAGCACCCUCUACCGGCCCCCCAGCAGCCUCGCUCCUGGCUCCCGGGCUCCCAUCGCAGGGUUUUCGUCGUUCGUUUGACAGCACGGAAGGGGGAAGAGAAAGAAACAUGGCCCCGAACUCCUCUUCCACCCCUGCUCCCACCGCCUGCCAGAAAACAGGAACACCAAGAAACCAAGUCAACUUUUCACCUCCCGGGUUUGUUUUGCGCGGAGAUUCCAGGGCCAGCCAAGCCGGCGUUGAGAAGGGCGCGAGGAAACCAGGAAGGACGCGUGCGGCCGGCGACUCUUCCAUGCAAGAGCGUGGGGCCCCCUGCCCCUCCGGGAAUCACAGGGAGCUGGGCAAGUGGCCAUGUCCCCGCUGCAGGGGACGCAGAGUGGGUUGGGCCCCCGGAGAGAGGCGGAGAGGAGGCAGAGGACUGGAGGCCUCUCGGGCCGGCAGGGGUGAGGGAGGAAGAAGCUUCUGGAUGUCCAGCCAGCUGCCCUCCUUCCGGGCCGCUGCUGGUGGCUCCUCUGCAGAAGGGACAGGUGUCCCCCGAGGCAGGGCCUGCCUUGUCUCUGUGCUCCCCUCUCGCUCCCUGGCAGCCUCAGCCGGCCUCGCCCAAACACCUGCCCUGCCUCGGCCGCCUCUGCCGCCCUCCUCCCUGGCUCAGCUCCUCCACCGAGCAUUCGGUUUAUUUAGAAAAAGGAAACAACAACAACAACAAAAAAAAAAAACCUAAAGGGUGAGAAUUUGCUUAGCUACUUCCCUGCUCCUGCAUAUUUUUUAAAAAACUAAGAAUGCAAGGAAGAGGGCCCGAGGGCUGGGGGAGAGUCCCCCCAGCUGAACCCUGCCUCCUUUUGCUGGAGUUCACUUUCCUGAGCACGGACAAGGAGAGGUGAAGUCCGGGGGGCUUGGACGUUGUGCGACACCGGGUGUGACGCAUGGCGGGCAGUCAGGAAGAUAAGGGUGAAGCUGUGACUGUUCUCUUUCUUCCAACCCAGGCACCACCUCCCCCAUGCUUAAAGGAGGAGGGACAUGGCAACUGCUAAAGCAAGGAAGUUCAGCUGGCCUCGGUGGGGAGCCCGGUGGGGUGAGGAGCCUCCAUCUGGGCAGACAUCACUGUCCCCUGGAUAGGUACCUUCCUGCCAGCACGCAGGCACGAAUACACACACACGCACAUGUGCACGCACGCACACACCCUUCCUACGCAUUUGCACGGGGAAGGGUCUGAGGACCUUCUCCAGAAGAAUCCGCUCUGGGUCCUCCUAGGCACACAGCACACUGUGUCCCUCGAGCUCUGAACCCACAGCCUCCUAAGCACAGAGGCACAGGAGCCCGGGGGCGGCCCACGUCCCCGGUGCAGAGCCUGGAGCACCCAGAGUUUGCCCCGUCUGCCUAGUCCCCAGUUUACAAAGAGUCAAAAAACGCUCCAACCCCCAGGAACGCCUCCCAGGCCGUACCCAGCCUGGACAGGGCUGUGGGCGCAGGAGGGGCCGGUCAGGAAGCCCAGUCCCAACUGGACACGGCGUUCGAGAUGCGCAGCCAGGCCGGCCAGCAGGGGCAGGUCAGAUGGGACCAAGGGACAAGAAUAGCCGAUGGGAGGGAAAGCUUUGACACACACAGUCGGCUCCAGGGAAUGUUCUUUAAAAAGCCACUUCUGGUGGCCUGGAUCUUCCCAUCCACUUGGUACUUGCAGACAUAAGGGUUGGGGGAGGAGCCUUUCCGUCCGAUCCCCCCGGGCGGUCCGAGGCCCCUGUGCAACCCUGGCCAGCCCUGGGAAGCUGGCCUGAGGCUCCCCGCAACCACUGGGGACAGUGGGAGUCGCAGGGCUCCCUGGGGAUGCCGGGCACAGGCCCUCCUGGCCCCGAGGAGAGGAGGUGACCCCCUGCUUUGUGGGUGAGGAGAGUCAGGGGAGGCCUGAGUGGGAGAUUCCAGAAGCAGACCAAGGGAAGAGAGAGCCUGUAUCUCCACAUGCACAUACACGCACACACACCCGGCCACCAGCCCCCGAUCAGUCGCUGUGCUCAUGGCGACUGGGGAGGGGGUCAGGGGCUGGGCCCAAGGAAAGGGUGCUCCCAGCCGUGGGCUGUUCCCAGCACACCUGACCCCCGGGAAACAUGAAUGGGGAGAUGUUGGAAGGCGGCUCCGCAGACAGGCUGACCCCGCUCUAGAGGCCAGUUGGCUGUUUCUCCAUGCAGGGGGUCUUGGACGGGAAGCUCUCCCCCAGUGGAGGACAAAGGGCUGUGGUUUUGCUCCUCCAGGAAAUACGGUGCUCAGGGCCUCCCUGGACUUGUCAGCUGGACACCCCGCCCCCACCCGCAACCCCCCAG